CGGAGCUCUUUCAAACUUAUUCUUAAUACAUCGUUUAUUCUUGUUAUAUCUUAAGACUUGUGUUUUAAAUUGUUAUUCACCGAGGGUAAAACAUAUCCUUAAGUAUAUCCCAUACCAAAAAUCGUCCUUAAACGCACCGAUAAUUUAUUUUUAUCGGAUCACUCGCUAUUAGCCUCAGGCUGUUAGCAUUCCCAGCCUGCCUGCUCACUGCUUAACACACUGUUCUCAUUAUUACAUCACUAAUGGCUAAUGUUUCAGAUGUGUUUGUACCUCUGUGUGCAGAUGAGGAAACGAUCGCACUUCAGUCGGAACUGGAGGCUGUGGAGAAGCAGAUCCAGGAUCUACUAGAGAAGCAGACACGCCUGCGAGAACGAAAAACGGCGCUGGAAACAUCCAGAGCUGACGCUCGCAAAUCCGCGGUAAGUUUUCAUCGCGAUUUUAAUACUCCUUCCACUUCUACUCCGCGUGUUUCUCUGCACAGAGCCCAGGCUUCGAGAACACGGUCAGCCCAAAUGAACUUCACUCCUGCACCGGCACAACCACGGCGAAAGGCGCGAGCCAGGACUGGAGCGAUGACCCAACCGCCGCCACCGGUCUUCGAGAUCCCGACCAGGAACCGCUUUGCCGCCCUCUGCGAGACGGAAUGCAACGCUGUGGUCAUCGGAGACUCAAUCGUCCGGAACGUACCUGCGAUCCUGAAGGACGAUGCUAACGUCGGAGCUGUCGUGCUGCACGCGGGGGCGAAUGACGUCAGGAUGAGGCAGUCGGAGAUCCUGAAGAGGGACUUCAGGAGUCUGAUCGAGACGGUACGCAACGCAUCGCCCACAGCGAGGAUCAUCGUAUCAGGGCCGCUUCCUACCUACCGACGAGGGAAUGAAAAGUUCAGUAGACUAUUUGCUCUAAAUAAAUGGUUGAUGUCAUGGUGUAUUGAACAGAAGCUGCUCUUUGUUGAUAAUUUUGAUCUGUUCUGGGAGCGACCUAGGCUCUUCCGCCCUGACGGCCUGCACCCCAGCAGCAUCGGAGCGGUUCUUCUGUCUGACAACAUCUCAAAGACGCUACGCACCGCUUGACUACGUCUCCCAGCG